AUUGUGCAGUGAACGUCCACAAGAACUGCAAGAGCUUAUUGGCUGAAUGCAGCAGCUCCAGACCCAAGCCGAAAGAUUUGCAGCACAGACCUUCUGGAUCUCCACAAAGUUCGCCCCAGUGCAUUUCCCCAGCCGCUUCUUUGAAGGAGCAGCCCCGAAGUCUUCUCCUGGGACCGGAUGGCACCCCAGUACUGUCACGGAACCUCGGUAUGACUAUCGCCCAAAGAGGAAAUUCUCAGUCUUCAUUGAAUACUGCUGGAGCUGUCAAAUUUGGACUAAUUUCAGGAGACAUGGAUGAAGGGGAUUCAGGCUUUAUAAAAUUCAAGCAGACUUCAGAUGAUGUUGUCUCGCUUGCAUCUUCAACAGCAGACUCCAUUUUUCUGGAAGACGCAUAUUCUGUAUCCCUCCGGAGUGAAAUAGAAACAGAUGCUCACGAGUUUGAAGCAGAGUCUUGGAGUGUUGCAGUGGAACAGCCUUAUGCAAAAAGGCAAAAGAAAGAUGUUAUAAAAAGGCAAGAUGUCAUUUAUGAGCUAAUGCAGACUGAAAUGCACCAUGUUAGGACACUGAAAAUAAUGCUGAAGGUGUACUCCAAAGCCAUGAGGGAGGAACUGCAGUUCCCAAAUGCAGUCAUCAACAAGCUCUUCCCCUGUGUGGACGAGCUGCUGGAGAUACAUGGGCAAUUUCUACUCCAGUUAAAGGAGCGACGAAAGGAAUCCUUGGAGGAAGGCAGUGACCGAAAUUAUAUAAUCCAGAACAUUGGAGACCUCUUGGUAAAACAGUUUUCAGGUGAAAAUGGGGAGAGAAUGAAAGAAAAAUACGGUGUGUUCUGCUGUGGACACAAUGAGGCUGUUAGUCACUAUAAAGACCUGCUCCAAAGCAAUAAGAAGUUCCAAAACUUAAUAAAGAAAAUCGGCAACUGUUCCAUCGUGAGGAGGCUUGGUGUUCAGGAGUGUAUCCUUCUGGUUACACAGCGCAUCACCAAAUACCCGGUCUUGGUGGAACGUAUUAUUCAGAAUACAGAAGCUGGAACUAGAGAUUAUGAAGAGCUGACCCAGGCCCUUAGUUUAAUUAAGGACACAAUCACUCACGUAGAUGCCAUGGUAAAUGAGUGCGAGAAGGGGCAGCGCCUUAAAGAGAUUAUGCAUAAAAUGGAGCUAAAAUCAUCGGGGAAAUGCAAGAAUGGCCUUUUUUUCCGGAAGGAUGACAUGGGACAGAGGCGGCUUCUGCUGGAUGGGAUGCUGUACUGGAAAGCUGCCUCAGGGCGACUCAAAGAUAUUCUGGCAGUCCUGUUAACUGAUGUACUGUUGCUCUUACAAGAAAAGGACCAAAAAUACACGUUUGCAUCAGUGGACUCUAAACCACCAGUCAUCUCGUUGCAAAAGCUGAUUGUAAGAGAGGUAGCUAACGAGGAAAAAGCCAUGUUCUUAAUUAGCGCUUCCUUAAAAGGCCCAGAAAUGUAUGAAAUUCACACAAGCUCGAAGGAGGAGAGGAAUUCCUGGAUGGCGCACAUCCGCAGAGCUGUAGAAAGCUGUCCUGAUGAAGAAGGAGAAACAUUUAAUGAACCUGAAGCAGAGAGGAGGCUGGCGGAAGCACGAGCUGCUAAGUUAAAAGAUUUUCAAGAGCGUUUGAACAUGAAAGAUGACCUGAUUAUGCAAAGUCUGACUGAGAAGCAACAGAUUUAUCUAGAAAUGUCUGAAAUGAAUGGCUUCGAAGACCAUUCCCAAGGAUCCCGAUCUAGGCUACUUCUUCGAGGGGAUAUCUCAGAGAAUCUGCAAGGAGAGGCUAUUUUGAAGUCCGCAGUGACAGAAGCUGAAAACCUCCAGAACCUGAUCUUCACUCACUUAGGCAAUGGAUCUUGUCAGCCUGAGGAUGGCUCUGGGUCGGGACUCCCCAGGAGAGCGGAGACCUUUGGAGGAUAUGACAGUAGUUCCUCACUUUCAAAUAAAAGUGGUAGUUUUAGGAACAACAGUGGUGGUGACCAGAGACAGUGGGACUGGAGAGGCUCUGCAGUGAGUUCAGAUGUACAACUCCAUGACCUCCCUCCUGAUGCAGAUGAAGGAUCUCAAACCAGCGAUGUAACAAGGCUGGAUGACUGCAGUGGUUUUCAGCCCAAUGUGGAGUCUCAGCUUGUCCAGAGGAUACAGACGCUGUUACAGUUGCUCUUCAGUCUUCAGGCAGCGAUAUGUCAGCAGGACACCUACAUUGAGAUGCAACGAGCCACCACGGUAGACCGGGAGAAGCAAUACCGGCUGCAGACUACACGAGGCAACCUGCUGCUGGAGCAGGAGAAACAGCGGAACUUCGAGAAACAGAGAGAAGAACUGAUGAAUGUGCAGAAACUUCAGAACCAGCUGAAGCUGGACCAGCAACGCCUGGAACGGGAAAGGAGCCGGCAGCAGAGGGAGUUUGAAAGCACAGAAGCUCGGCUGCAGGAGCGUGAAGAGGAGACUCGGCAGCUGAGAGAGAAGUUGAAUCAGGAGAGGGAGGAACUCGAGAGGCAGCGAGAGGCGUAUCAGCAUGACCUGGAGAGACUGCGGGAAGCUCAGAGAGCGGUCGAGAAGGAGAGGGAGCGUCUGGAUCAGCUAAGGAAGCUAAAGAAGCAGAACACGGUGUCAGGCACGUUCUCCCCAGAAAUGGGGCAGAACCAGCUAAGUCAUUCUGUUAGCUUCAAUGGAGAAGGGUUGGAACCUUCGCUACCCGCCUUGAAAACCUCUGUGAGAGUGAGCGUCGCCGGGAUGGAUUACCUGGAACGGCCAGACUUGGUUCGUAGGGACAGUACCACCCUGGAGAAUCGUCCGGUUCUUGCGCUGAAGAACGAAGUGCCGAUACAUCUCCUGAGCGCAACUAAUCAGAUACAGAAACCAGCUGCCGUCCAGCAGCAGAUUCCUACGAAGCUGGCCACUUUUACAAAAGGAAGCAAAGAGAAAGGUGGGAAGAACAAAGCAUCUCAUAGGACAGACAGUUCAGCAUCUGUUGAUCAGAAGCAGCUGCUUCCCCCCAAGCUUGUUUCACGAGAGGAAGGUGUCCUGAGAGGCAGACGAUCAGCAAGUCCAGUCCUCCCAAGCAGCCAGACCGCUGCGUUCCAGCCAGAGUUGUAUGGCCCUGCCGAUGCUCAGCCGGAAGCGCUCUCAUCUGCCUCAGCGAACAUAUUCAAGCCCAGUAAUGCUCACGUUCAGACCCUGGUUACCUCUCAGCCGAGUCUGUUAAAUGUGCAGGAUGAUACCAGCAAAGAAGAUGUCAUUUUCUUCUAA